AUGGUGGUGAAGGGACAGGUGCACAGGAUCAGCAGCAACGUCACGGCGUUUGAGCUGGGUGAUGGUGGCGGUGAGAAUGCGCUCAUCUUCAUCGGAGGACUGGGCGAUGGGCUGUUAACUGUUCCUUACGUCGAGAGGCUUACGCUCCCACAAGGAUGGUGCGUGUACAACUUGUUGUUCUCCUCGUCAUACACAGGCUGGGGGCUGGGCUCCUUGGACAGAGACGUGGAGGAGAUGGCACUGCUGGUUCAAUACCUCAAGAGCGAGAAAAAGGGGAAAAUCGUCCUUAUGGGCCAUUCCACAGGGACGCAGGACUGCAUCCAUUAUCUACUGACAAAUGGCAAGGACGUCGAUGGUGUUAUUCUGCAGGCCUCUGUGAGCGACCGUGAAGCAAUGGAGAUGUCGAUGGGGCACGAGGAACUGGGACGUAUAAAUGAGGCCAUCUUGAAGUUGCAAGAGGCGCACGGAGCAGAGUACAUCAUCCCAAGGGAGUACUCUGAUAAGUUCUUUGGUGCUCCAAUGACGUGCUAUAGAUGGCUGUCGAUGUCCCUGAAAGGCGGAGACGACGACUACUUCUCCUCGGACCUGUCAGAUGAACAGCUACGCUCGACCUUUGGCAAAGUAGACAAGCCGUUGGCGUUCUUAUACUCUGGCGAUGACGAGUUUGUUCCUUCAACUGUCGACAAGCAGAGCUUAGUGGAGCAUUGGAGUUCAUUUGUACCAUCGCAGUAUUUGAGCAAAGAGUCCAAGGUUGUUCCAGGUGCUACGCAUAACUGUGGCUCCAAGUCCAAGCCAGAGUCAUUCUCGGUAUUGAACGAAUCGGUAUCAAACUUUUUAUCAUCUAUUUAACCAGCUUUUGUUUAGGCAGUCUUAACCUUUGGUCUCGAUUUAUAGUAAGCCUCUAAUGAAACUCCAGAGAACACU